CCAGAACCUGUUCGCCAUGCUACACUUCCACAAGAAACAAAGGUGCAAAUCCCAACUCCUGUGUCACGUAUCCACACGCAGCGCCUGAACUAUCCUCACCGCGGAUUUUCACGGAGUGCUUUGUUACAUCAAAAAUCUUUCUGGACAGCGCGCCAUGAUGAAUGGUUGGAAUGGCAGGCCAAAGAAGUUAAACGACGAAUGGACCACGGUAUAUGCGCACAAGGCCCUGGAAGCGCGUAUGCUGGCAUUACACCCGCAGAAACUCAGGAAGUCUCUGGGCUACCAUCACAAAUCCGCGUGCCUCUAUCUGGCUUGGAGCGUGACUUUGAGGGGUACGCAUCGAGAGACUUUGCCCAGGACUUGAACGCGCCGAUCUACCCUCGCGUGGGCGAUAUCUCGGCGCUUCGUGAUCCAUACUCUGCCGAUGUCGACCGGUGCUUCUUCAAGUUUCCGCUGUGGACCAUUCAUAAGACGCUCUAUGUGUUCGACAUGCAUCAAAGGGCAGUCCAUAUUUCCGACCAGAUACAAGGUUCUGCAUCCUCAGGAAGCUUGCAGUCGUCGACUGGUUCAACGACAUGCGAUGAUGAGGAUGUGACCCUUGUUGCUGACGAUGAACCACCCUUCGAGAAACAAACGCUCGACAACGGGUCUCAUCAAGAAUGUCUACCACCUGAAACUCCAAAAAGAUCUCCGCCGUGUACAUGGGAGGCUAUUCGCGCCUGGGAGCUGAACUGGUACGCUCGCUGGGAGCUACUUAUUGGUCUCGUACAGCGCGACCAAGCCCUCCGCCAGGCAGCGCCGCUUUCGCCGUCAAUAACUCCCUCCCGAUUCGUAGAUGAAGACCCUUCACCGCCAAAAGGACUCCUGGAAGCGUUCACCCCAAAAGCUCCCGCACCGAUAAUCCACUUUGCUGGCGAAGAUGGAGAGGGGGAUAACGGAGACGAAGAAGACGAUUAUGGUACCUUGGUUGCAAACCCGAUUUACAACGUUGACGAGACGUUCAAGGAGGGAUAU